AAAUAAUAUUUCAUUGGAGAUCAACCUUAAGACGACGACAGGACAUUAGUGGCUCCUGUCAAAGAUAGAUCGAAUGGGUUUUAAUGUCAGUGAACGUAUCCUAUAAUAAGUUAAAUUGUGAGUGAUAAAACAAAAGUUUUAUCGUUAUCAUCUAAUAUUAGUGUGAAGUAUAAAAGAUAAAUACUUGUUUUCAAUGGCGCAAAAAGAUUCAACCGAGCCAAUUCCCGAUCAAUUUAAGUUAUUACCAAAGAUAAUAAAUGGAGGAAUUGCCGGAAUUAUCGGUGUAUCCGUAGUUUUUCCUCUGGAUUUGGUAAAAACACGUUUACAAAAUCAAGUAAUAGGACCACAUGGCGAACGUAUGUAUAGCUCGAUGUUAGAUUGUUUUAAGAAGACUUAUAAAGCGGAAGGAUAUUUUGGAAUGUACAAAGGAUCUGGCGUAAAUAUUUUAUUAAUUACGCCAGAAAAAGCCAUUAAACUCACUGCCAAUGACACAUUUAGACAUUAUCUCUCCACUGGUCCUGGCCAACAACUGCCAUUACAACGUGAAAUGUUGGCUGGAGGCUUAGCAGGAGCUUGUCAAAUAGUUAUUACUACUCCAAUGGAAUUACUUAAAAUCCAGAUGCAAGAUGCAGGUAGAGUCGCUGCAGCUGCAAGAGAAUCUGGAAAAACUGUACCAAAAGUAUCAGCAUUAUCUUUAACUAAGGAUCUUCUUAGACGAAGAGGAAUACUAGGACUUUAUCAAGGAACCGGAGCAACGGCACUAAGAGAUGUUACGUUUUCCGUUAUUUACUUUCCUUUGUUCGCUAGACUAAAUAAUCUUGGACCAAAGCGAGAAGAUGGAUCAUCUGUAUUUUGGUGUUCGUUUCUUGCUGGUUGUGCAGCUGGAUCUACAGCUGCAUUAUUAGUCAAUCCUUUUGAUGUAAUUAAAACGAGAUUACAAGCAAUUAAAAAAGCACCCGGUGAACCUACAUAUGAUGGAGUAAUAGAUUGCAUUAGAAAAACACUUGUUAACGAAGGACCAGUUGCAUUCUUUAAAGGAGGUGCAUGCAGAAUGAUUGUCAUAGCACCAUUAUUUGGAAUUGCACAAACCGUUUACUACCUCGGAGUUGCAGAGUGGAUUUUAGGUUUAAAAUAAAAUAAAUUUAAUAUAUCUCUAAGCGGUACCAUUCAAUUACUCUGGGAAACCGACAAUAAUUGGCAUAGAAAUAUAUUUAAAUGUGUUGUUUAAAAGCUAUCUCACUAAUAUAUUACAUCUAAUGCUAUUAGAUUGUCGCAUAUUUCCAUAUCUUCUAUACUGCUUGUUAUUUUUUUCGUUUAAUGAUGAACUACAAAUACAUAUUUUGUAGUUCAAAGUGAUCGAAGUUACUUCUAAUGAUGUAGCUUAUAUUAUUUAAUUGAAUCACAGCUUCUAUUACGCACCAAAGGCGAAUUGAACUUUAUACUGAUUUUGAGAAAUAUAUGUAUGUAUACUUAUACACACACAGAGAGAGAGAGAGAAAGAGAAAGAGAAAGAAAGAGAGACAGAGAGAGAGAGAGAGAGAGAGGGAGAGAGAGAGAGGGAGAAAGAAAAGCUUAGAAAAUAUUUAGAAUAAAAGUCCAUGCUGGGUUCAUGGAUAUAAUUAUGUUGUCUUUUGUUGCCUUAAAUAAUAUUCAUGUAUCUUUUAAAUGUACACACAUAUAUACAUAUGUGUGCAUUUAUGCGUGUUAAUAAAUUGAUUAUGAAAACAAA